CAUAAGCAAAGUGACGUCAUUAACCAUUAAAAAAAAACUGCCACCAUAAUGUUUUCUGGGACGUUGAAGGAAUAUUUCUAUGUGGAUUUUGAUUCAUAAUAAAGUGUUGGUGGUGGUGUGAAAAUGGACGUACAUUCGAAACCAAAUCGUACAACUUGUUUCAUGGGCUAAGGCCUAGGAUAGCCUGGUUUUGGGACAAACGGUAGCCUCCUAGGCCUCAACUGCUGGUGGCAAUGGAGGUAACAACGGCGGAUGCGGCGGACCUUUCCUUCGUAGAUCUCUCACGCCGGGGAUUGGAGGUUUUCACUGGAGAUGGUAUUCACGAUCGGAUCGCCAACAAAGCAGCAUUGAAAGGACUAAACAUAAGCAGGAAUUUGCUCACAACGCUACCAUAUAAUCUUGUCCAGUUUUCUGGAUUAGUUGAAAUUGAUAUCAGCAACAAUAACGUAGCGAUAAUUUCUGAAGAAAUAGCACAGUUACGAAAUCUGAAAACGUUUACAGCUAAAAACAAUGUGAUUCAUCAAGCGUCCUUACCCAAAAAUUUCGGCGAGUGUCCAGCUCUAGAAGUCCUGAAUUUAAGUGGCAAUAGUUUUGUUGAUUUCCCACUUCAAGUGACGGAAUUAACAAAUCUAAAAGCUCUGUACAUCGGAAGCAAUUUCAUUACUGAAAUUCCCCGAGAGAUUGAGCUUCUGAGAAGGUUGGAGAUAUUGUACCUUGGUGGUAACCGACUUCAUGAGCUGCCUGGAGAAAUCGGAGCACUGAAACAGUUAACAACCCUUGCACUCAGCGAUAACAAACUGGAGCGUCUCCCCUCUGAACUGACCAGACUUACAAAUUUACAAUCGCUCAGUUUGCAUAACAAUCAAUUAACAACACUUCCAACCCAAAUUAUCACCCUGAAUAAUUUGUGUGCCUUAAGUCUACGUGGAAACCCAUUGGUGGUGCGGUUCGUCCGCGAUUUCGCUUGGCAGCCACCAACGCUCCUGGAGCUUGCCGCUCGCUCAGUGAAGAGUCAGCAAUUGAUGUAUUCAUAUAGUGAUCUACCUGUGAACCUUUGCCAUUACUUGAAUCAGGCCAAGAAGUGCGUUAACCCUGCUUGUAAAGGUGUUUAUUUCAACUCAAAAGUAGAAAACAUCAAGUUUGUUGAUUUUUGCGGUAAAUAUCGUCUUCCACUGAUGCAAUACCUGUGUUCCCCACAAUGCCGAACUUCAUCACCUUCAUCCAGCAGUUCAGAAUCGGAAUCAGAUGACGAGGACAAAAAUCGGAUCAAGAAAGUUCUUCUCGGCUGAACCAACCAGCACGAUUGAGGAAUCCUACCUGCAGUUUUAAUAUCUUGUCAUAAUUUGUACAUUCUACCCAGGCCUGAUUCUACCACCGGUAUUAAGGGAUUCUCAAGCAUACAAUAAAUCCUGGGGUCAUUGUUUUUUAUUGUGAAUCAUAAAAUAAUUUCUUUUUAAACAAAUAUUCUUUCUUCAUUAAGUCUAAAAUAAUCUUUAAACAUCAAUUACUGUUAGUCAAAGACUCUUGCAUACUUAAUCUGGCCACAGAUAUGCAAGGACUAGGCGUAACAUUUCUUGAAAAAUCUCAAUAUAUGGUGGCUAUUAUCUUUUAUAGAAUCAGGAAACUUAUGACAAGGUUCUCAAGUUUAAAUUUAAAAGUAAUUCCCCAGCGUGUACCAGCACUGCUCUGUGAUAAUAUCUACCUCAUUUAAAAUAACUAUUAGUCUAUAAAUUUCAUUACAAAUAUGCUAAAUAGUGAAAAAUAAUGUGAAAAGGUACUUACAAGCGAAAUGAUUUAGAGUUGGACACAAAGCUAUCAAAAAGAAAAUUUUCUAUAUAGUCUGUCAGUUCCUCAUAAUUUUUUUCUAAGUUACUUUCAUUGCCGUUGACCUUAGCAAAUGUUUUUUUUUUUCUUUUUUAUAUCCGGCAUAAUGACCUUUACCCCAAGGACAACCAGAAAAUACGAGUUUUCAAGAGUGCAAAAUGGGUUGUUCCAUAGAUCGCAUUUGUUCCAACCUUGCAACAUGUAAUCUCAGUCUCCCAAAUUUUCAGAAAACAACCCAAAAAUACAAAGUACUAAUUUAGAGGCUUUUUGAUACCAAAUAUAUCUGCGUCACUAUUUUUCCUUUGUACUCCGACUUUAUCAACGAAGUAGGCGUACAAAUACUUUCAGAUUGUCGCCGACAUUUCAAAAGAUUAGAAUGCAUGUCUGAAAAAACUUGGAUUUUAACAUUGGAACGGCUGCAAAUGUGGGUUGUCUUAAUAAGGAUAACCAGUCAAACAAUAGGAAUUGCUCAUGAAUGGUUUACGUGGUUACAUCUUGCAAAACACUAGCAAGUCCGUCACUCCCGUGGUAGUGGGAACCUGUGGUUUGUGCCAAGUACUGUAGAGGGAAUGUCAUGAAACUUUAAUUUUAUGAUUUACGGUCAAAAAAGUUAAACCGACCAUAAAUUUUCAACGUGUCAACACACGAUAAUGAUUAUAUUCAUUCAACGGUAGAUAAUUUUGAAUGCAUAAAUUAUGUUUUAUUACAUUUUUUUUUACUAUCAAAUAUCGAUUCACAUUUUUAAAAUUUUUUGAUUUAAUGUCAUUUGUUCUUAAAAAAGUACUUCUGCUGAGUAGACAAUACACAUAUAAUAAUACACAUAUAAUAAUAAUAAUAAUAGGUCAAACAUUAGUACAGUAUAUCUAAAAGCUAUUUUUGCAUGGAAUUAAUCUUGACCAAGAGACAAAGGAAAACGUUUUCUUGGUCAUCUAAAUACUGUAACAUGGCUAAAUAACAGUAGAAUUUUGCGCAUGUAGGUUUUAAUAUCCGCAGACACAUUCUGUGAAAAACAAUGGCGUAUCUAAGGGGUGCACAUGCCCCUUGAGAAACUUAUGUCCCCACUGCCCAUUGAGAAUUUUCCCCCUCGGUCAUCACAUCCCCCAAUUUCAAGUCUGGUAAUCCUUCUUUUUAGCCCACAUUCACUCAGUUAAGCCUACUGUGUGGCUUAGUUAAUUUGAUCAAUAAUAAUGUUGAGCUUUGUCCACUCAAUUAAAUUUUAUGUGACAAAUUUGUGUCGCAUCAAAUUUGACAGUGUGGACAGAGCAUUAAAGAGGUUGCCCGGGAAUUAUUUUCGAUUUAUACAAAUUAAUACUUUCCCAUUUAAAAAAAAAAAAAAAAAUUAUAUGAUUGACUUUAUAAAUUUAGCUUAUAUUUAGAGCAUUAACUCAUUUUAAGUGUGCAUAAAAAUGCACAAUGCACCCCAGCUAUUUUGAGUAUUAAUAUUGAAUUAGAAUAUUAAUUUUUAACUGUUGAUAAUCAAUUUCCAGUAUGUUGAAGGUGCUAGUAGUGUGUGCCAAAGAUAGGGAGAAGAAGACGUUCACAUUAUGAUUAGGUAUCAGUCUAACCUUGCUUACCGAUUCAUAAAGAGAUGAAUUUUUACAUAUUUUCAUAAUUACAUUGACAUUGUAUCAGUAACAAUAAAAUACAGUUUGGUACUUUUUCAGAGUUUAUUUAGAUGUUAUUGUAGCUGUUGCUGUUUUGCCAACAGCUUUAUUCAAUGAACUGUUCUAAAAAGAUAUAUUUUAUUAUUAUAUUAUCUGCAUUACAGCCAGACUCUGGAGGAAAAAUACUAUAUUUAUGUUGUACAAACCUUUAGUAUCUUAUUAGCUGUUGCCAAUUAUUUAUCAAGCACACCUUUAUUAUCUUAGAAAUUCUUUUGUACAACAUGGCAUACAUUUUUUCCUCCAGAAUCAGGUUUUAAAGCAAUGAACCAUGUGCAAGAAAUAUAUGUUGUAUAUAGAUAGCAAAUCCAAUUAUGUUGAGCAUGCUUUAAUGGUUCGAUAUUACAACUGACUAUGCUGUAAUCUUGCUGGAUAUUAACCAGUACAAAGCCAAAUUCUGCAUGGCAAUUUGAAAUUGAUAAUUUAGAAAUUAAAUUUUUACCAAGUUAUUGUUCAUUAAUCUUGAGAAAUCGGGGGAUAAACCAAGUAACCUAGGUAAUGGAUUGCAUUGUAAUAAAAUAAAGCCAAUAGCAUGAGCCAAAUAUUA